AUGUCUCGUGCUAUUUACGGAGUCAACUAUUAUGGUAUAUUUUUGUCCUAAAAUUCACUAAAGGAAAUAAAUUCUUGCCAUUCUUUCGGGCUUUACGCCGACCAUGUCAAAAAUUACGAAUUUUUUCACGCUCAGAGCCAGCAGUGAAGGUGAGAAGCGCUAAAUCGCGUAUUUAAACAACGGCAACGACAACAAAGACAAAAAAGACGAACUGCCACCUCAACGCUCAAACUUCUGUUGAAGAAGACUCCGGUGACAACGCCCCACAUGAAGAAGGUUUUUUAGCAGGCAGUCAAGAUUGCUACAGCUCCCAUAUUAGUUGCUGGAAUAAUGUCUUCUAGUUUUCUUUCAUAACGUGCACUCCCGCUACUACCGUGAAAAAAAAUGUUCUGGUCUUCGAACAGACGAGAAACAAAGGUUGUCAAACAAGAAGGACAGGUUCCAACAUGAGUGGGUCUUUGAAGCAAAUGUAUCUUAUGAAAAGACAGGGUUAAGAUGGCUGGUGUUUGUUGAAGGUGAGGGAAUGUAUUGCUUGAUUCUGACAAAUGUGCGAGUCAACAAAACAAAUCCGACAUUUUCAAUGAGAAGCUUUCUGUAAGAUACAAAACAACAGUAAUCAACGAACAUGCACAGUUGCAGAAACAUUCGGCAGGAAUAUCAUGCGAAAUGAUGAACUGAGUUUCCGUUUUCCAAAGGGAACUGGAUGAGCAGCAGAAAGUGAACGACACCAUUCUCUACAGUGUUUUAUUCAAUUUACCGGCUAGCUGA